AUGGAGCCUCUAUUUACCGGCGUUUCCAACAACGCGAAUCACCUCUACACCCUUCUCUCCUGCAUCGGGUUUGCCUCCAAAGCCACCGUCCAAAUCACACCCGAAGGCCUCCGCUUCUCUGUUGAAGAGGGCCGUGUCAUCCAAGGCCUAGCUUUUCUCGACAAGUCCCUCUUCACCAGCUACACAUUCAAUCCGAACUCAGAUGGCAACCAAGGACCAGAUGCAUCCGACACUCAAGCUUCCGACGAGGUGGUCUACCCACACUUCGUCGUCUCCCUCUCCGCCCUUCUCGAAACUCUCAAGAUCUUUGGUAUAAACGAUAUCCAAGAAGCAAAUGCCCGCGAAUCCACUCUUGCACAAACAAAUCCCUCCUCAAGUGCUUUCUCCGCUCCGGCGCUAUUGAUGGACCGCUCCUGUACCAUCCAAUACGCAUCCCACGGCGCACCAUUCAGCAUCGCGAUCGCCGAAGCAGGAGUUCAAACUACCUGCGAACUGGUAACUUACGAGCCAGAAGCUGAUGAAUGUGACAUCCCGCUUCAACGGGAUGCCAUUGUCAUGAAAAUCAUCAUGCGCUCCGCCUGGCUGCAUAAUUCUAUUGCAGAACUUCAUUCUUCAGGUCCCACCAUCCUCAAACUAUCAGCGUCCGCUACACAACAACCUUAUUUCGCGCUCUCAGGGGCCGGUGGACCAUUCAGUGAUUUUGCUGUCGAGUUUUCUAUGGAUCAACACAAAGAGAUGUUUGGCACGGCCCCGGGACAGACAACGCAGGCAUCGCAGCUAACUCACAAAGUGCUUGGUGAUGAUGAGUCCUCCCGAGCACGCGCCACGAAAUCAAAGUCCGGCCCGACUGUCACCGAGACUUUCAUGGUUGCGCCGCCUUCGUCGAUGGGUGAACGCAUCAAGCAGAGUUAUAGGUUUGCAUUGGUCCGAAAGGCAGCGAGGGCCAUGUCUGUUGCUAGCAAAGUCAGCAUUCGGGGAGAUCAGCAGGGCGUGUUGAGUCUGCAGUUUAUGAUCGAGCUGGACGAUGGUCAAACCCCCGCUGGACGCUCUGUUGGAGCUGGCAUUAAGGUCGCUGGACCAGUUUGCUUCGUUGAUUUUCGUUUUGUGCCUUUGUUGGACGAGGAAGAGGCUGACUUGCAAGCCCAAGGAGACGAGUAG